UCAUAGCUCCAUUAAUGGCUUCCAACUUCUUUGCCGUUCUCUUCGUCAUCUUCCUCCACUCCUCACCUUGAAGCCCCUACCCGCUAUGAAUCCACCACGUACCCAAGAAGUUGUUCAUCCCCGAUGAUCCGCCACGAGCAGGCGGUCAGCCUCCUUUCUCCGCCCCCUCCUCCUCCUCCUCCUCGAUCUGGGGCUUGUUCGUAGCUGUUCCGCGCAACAGUUCCUUCUUUCUGAAGACGUGGGUGAAUCUGGAUGGAGCAACGUCGUUUGAUUGGCGUGAGUCGAGUAGCUCUAGUGUGGUUUACUCGGGCAAUCGUUUACUCCUUGUAUGGUUUUCGAUGCUAGAGAAAGAUGAGGACGGGGGAAAAGUUGGAUUCAAAGAGUCGUAUCGGUUUCUUUCAUUUAAUUGACUGGACUGGGAAAUCGCAGAAGAAGUCAUUCGGCCAUGGCAAUGCUUCCAUGGAUUGAUGAAGAUGAGAAGUCAGGAAUUUCGAUUGCAAGGGCCAGCAGUGAUGACCACAGUCAUACUUAUUCAGUCACAGAUGGAGAGGGAAGCAGGAUUAGGGCUCCAGGAGUUGUAGCAAGACUUAUGGGUUUGGAUUCGAUGCCCUCAUCAGUUAGUUCUAAGCCACAUUCAACUUCAAUCAAUGAUUCACAAGUGCUUCGAGCUAACUUUGGUGGAAACAGAAAAUGUCGUUCCAGCAAUGCCAUCCUAAAAGAUGGUGCUUAUUCAAGGAAAACACUAGUGUCAAGGCAAGAAAGGAUGCUAAACAGCCCAAUCGAGAGGUCCCAAGUAGAAGCAUUGCCUCCUAGAUUGGCAAAGCCUACCAGCCACGAGUUAAUUUCACCAGUUAGAACUCCUGGAUUAAUCUCUGCUAAGGCUACCAAGGAUGAACUUCAGUCUUCUAGUUCAUCUUCAAGUCCCUUAAAAGUUUCUGAUUCAAGAAAGAUCACGGCAAACUCUAAGAAGACAUCCAAGCCUUCAGAGUCAUCUGGAUCAUCUGCUCAGUCAGUUGCUUUCAAGUCUUCUAGGUCACAAUAUUUGGGUGGGUGUCAGAAUGCUUUAGAAAAUAGCAAGUCCUUACCAGGUAUAAAAGAAACCACACAAGCUGGUGCAAAAGAUAAAGGCAAAUCAGUUUCACUUGCUAUUCAAGCAAAGUUGAAUGUCCGAAGAAGGGAAGGCUCAAGUGCAAACACUAAAAAUAAGUUGAUUGUGGAGGAAAAUGAUGAACAUCAUAUCAACAGAACCUUGAAAUUUCGGUCAAUUCACCAAACAAGUAACCAGAAUAAAGGAGGUGGUGAUUCUUUUAAUGCACCACAACAGACGAUACAGAAGUACAUGGCAAGUGAAAGAAAGCUUGCUCCAAAACCAUCGGUAUCUGACCAGAGAGACAGAAAAUUACACUCUAAGGAUGCUUAUCCUGGACAGGACAAAGUGGUAAAUGAUCUUCCAGGGAACAGUAAAGUUUGUUACAAAAUAAGGAAGGGUUCAAAGACUGCUGGUACUGGUAAGGAUAGAUUUAUACUGAAUAACAAGAACACCGGCAAGAAGAAAUUGCUGGAGCAGGGAUCCUAUUCUAAGAUACGUGAUUCUGUUGACAAUAUGCCAGUAGAUAAACCAAAAAAACAUAUUCAACAUAAUGUUGCGAUACGCAAUCAUUUGAGACAGCCUGAUGAUAACACAAGUAAUGCCGCAGAUGUUGUGUCUUUCACAUUCACAUCCCCUUUAAUAAAGCCAGUGCAUGGAUCUCAUUCAAACAAUCACGAGGAAGAAAAGAUUGUCGAAAAGAGGGCUUACAUUUAUCCUUUUUCUGAAGCUGCUUCAGGUUCAGAGUGCAAAAAUUUGUCCUCUCGCAAAUUGAAUACGAUUAAAGGUGAUCAUUUAGGUUUCCUUUUGGAGCUGAAAUUGAGAGAAUUAGCAUCCGAGACUCAGUCAACUUGCUGUAAAUCAACCGAAGGUCAUGGUACUGCAGCUUCUUUGCCUGACUCAAGAGAUUCAGCAUCCACUUUUGAUGAGUCUUUCGUCCAGUCUAUUGAAGAUGAAUUAAGCAGUAGCAAUCCAAACUGUUCAGUUGCUAGUUCUCAGGUGCCUUGUGUCAGACAUAAGCUGCAGGAAGUAAAUAGGAUCGAUUGCUGUUGUAGCACAGCGGACCCAAGGGAACCUGGUCAUCAAGAUCAGAGUCCCCUUUCCAUUCUUGAGAAUUCAUUUUCAAAUGAAAGCUGCUGCUACUCUGAGAGCUUUGAAAAUGCCGAUGGUAGCAGGACAGAUUCGUCUUAUUCUUCCAUUCUGGAUGAAGACAUUGUCGAGAUGGAUUGCAUCGACAAAACUUUGUCAGCGGAAUGUGAGAUGGAAUUAUCUGAUUUAGCAUCCUCAAAUAAGCAGAUCUUAGACUUGGGUCUAGUCUCAGAAAUCGGCAUAAGCGAUCGUGCUGAAACUGUGUGGGGUGGACUGGAGUACGUGAAGGAAAUAUUAACCAUCUCAGAGUUUAUUUUUGAUGAUCUAAUACUUUACUUUAUGGACCAAUCUGAUGAGAUCUUUGAUCCCCUUCUCUUUGAAAAAUUAGAGGAGAAUCAAAGCUUGACUGCUUGUGAAGUAGAGGAAAGGCACAGAAGGAUGAGGAGGAAGAUAAUUUUUGAUUCAGCGAACGAGUGCUUGGAAACUAAAUAUAGUCACUAUUUCCGAGCAGGUUUCCGAAUGUGGUCGAAAGGUGUUGUGCUUGCUGCGAAAGACUUGUCACACGAACUCCACGAUGAGAUAUCGGGAUGGAAUAGCAUUGAAGACUUGAUGGUGGAUGAGCUUGUGGCCAAAGACAUGAGUACUUAUCUUGGGAGGUGGAUUGAUUUCGAAAUCGAAGCAUUCCAAGCAGGAGUAGAGAUUCAGAGGUGGUUAUUGGAUACCUUGGUUGAUGAAGUCGUUGCUGAUUUCCAAAUCAGUGACCCACAAGAUAUCUAAUUGUUUCUCCUCUAAGUAUCUCACUGUAGAUUCCUUCCUCUACAUCCUUGCAACUAAUGUUGUCACGACAAAUUCUGAUUCUUUGGAUCACUCAUAUCUGAGAUUGUUCUUUCUUUUUCUGUAGCCAAAGUUUUCAUGGAUUUAUGGUGAGUUUUUCAGAAGAU